CGUCCCUCCCGGAGCCGCCGCCCGCUUCCGUCCGACACGGCCGGGAUGGCGCCGCCGCCUCGCAGCCGCCGCCAGCGGGGCCCCGGCGGGGCCGGGGAGCGGCGGCGGGGGCCGCAGGUCCCCGAGACCCCGUUGCCCGCCUUCCCCACCGCCAAGGACGAGGACGAUGCCACCGCCGACGACACGCAGGCCAUGGUGCGGGCGCAGAACAAGAAGAAGAAAUCCGGAGGCUUCCAGUCCAUGGGCCUCAGCUACCCCGUCUUCAAGGGCAUCAUGAAGAAGGGCUACAAGGUCCCCACGCCCAUCCAGAGGAAGACCAUCCCGGUGAUCCUGCGCGGCCGCGAUGUGGUGGCGAUGGCGCGGACGGGCAGCGGGAAGACGGCCUGCUUCCUCAUCCCCAUGUUCGAGCGGCUGAAGGCGCCCAGCCCGGCUGGGGCGCGUGCUCUCAUCCUCUCCCCCACGCGCGAGCUGGCCCUACAGACCCUGAAAUUCACCAAGGAGCUGGGCAAGUUCACAGGCUUGAGGACAGCUCUCAUCCUGGGAGGAGACAAGAUGGAGGACCAGUUCGCUGCAUUGCACGAGAACCCCGACAUCAUCAUUGCCACCCCCGGGCGCCUGGUGCAUGUGGCGGUGGAGAUGAACCUGAAGCUGCAGAGCGUGGAGUACGUGGUGUUUGACGAGGCUGACAGGCUCUUUGAGAUGGGCUUUGCGGAGCAGCUCCAGGAGAUCCUCGCACGCCUCCCAGGCAGCCACCAGACCGUCCUCUUCUCUGCCACGCUGCCCAAGCUGCUCGUCGAGUUCGCCCGGGCUGGUCUCACCGAGCCGACGCUGAUCCGUCUGGAUGUGGAGUCCAAGCUCAGCGAGCAGCUCAAGCUGGCUUUCUUCCACGUCCGCGGGGACGACAAACCAGCCGUGCUGCUCCACCUGCUGCGCAGUGUGGUGAAGCCCCAGGACCAGACGGUCGUCUUCGUGGCCACCAAGCACCACACGGAGUAUCUCAAGGAGCUGCUGACAGCCCAGGGCAUCUGCUGCACCCACAUCUACAGCUCGCUGGACCAGACCGCCCGCAAGAUCAACAUCGCCAAGUUCGCCCAGGGCAAGUGCCCGGUGCUGCUGGUCACGGACGUGGCCGCCCGUGGGCUUGACAUCCCCAUGCUGGACAACGUCAUCAACUACAGCUUCCCCGCCAAGUCCAAGCUGUUCCUGCACCGUGUCGGUCGCGUGGCCCGAGCUGGCCGGAGCGGCACUGCCUACUCGCUGGUGGCUCCCGACGAGAUGCCCUACGUCUUCGACCUCCACCUCUUCCUGGGGCGUCCGCUCGUCCUCGCCGGUACCCAGGAGCUGCCUGCAGAUGCCGACGGGGUCCUGGGCCGUGUCCCCCAGAGCCUGGUGGACGACGAGGAGUGCCUGCUGCUCACGGACCACGAGGGCUCGCUGGAGCUGAGGAGCCUGCGCCGGGUGGCCGACAACGCGCACAAGCAGUACCUGCGCUCCCGGCCCGGCCCCUCGCCCGAGUCCAUCAAGAGGGUCAAGGACCUGGACACGUCCCAGCUGGGCAUCCACCCGCUCUUCAGUUCUUGCUUCGAAGACACGGAACUGGAGAGGCUGAAGUUCGUGGACAGCAUUAAAAGCUACAAGUCCAAGGCGACCAUCUUCGAGAUCAACGCCACAGCCCGCACCCUGGCCAGCACCAUCAUGCGGUCGAAGCGGCGCCACGACCAUGCCCUCAUCGAGAAGUACCAGCGUGGGCAGCAGGAGAAGCGGGCCGCGGCUCUCCAAGGGCAGGGGCUGCACCAGGCCCCCCCCGAGCCUGAGGAGAAGGAAGGAGAGGAGGAAGACCUCCAGGAUGUGUUCUCCACCGUGGUGGGACGGAAACGGAAACGGGGCCAGGGUGGAGAAGACGGUGCCAGGAAGAAGCCGCAGCAGCCGGUGCAGCGGGAUGAGGAGUUCUACGUCCCCUACCGACCCAAGGACUUUGAGAGCGAGAGGGGGCUGAGCGUGGGCGGCGAGGGCAGCCCCUUUGAGCAGCAGGCGGCUGGAGCCGUCCUGGAUCUCAUGGGCGAUGAGAAUCACAACCUCAACAGGAGCAAGCAGCUGCUGAAGUGGGACCGUAAGAAGAAGCGGUUUGUGGGGCAAACGGGCCAGGAGGACAAGAAGAAGGUGCGAACAGAGAGCGGGCGCUACAUCAGCGGCUCCUACAAGAACAACCUCUAUGAGAAGUGGAAGCAGAAACACAAAGUCGAUGACCGGGAUGACGACGAGGAAUACGAACGAGGCAGGGAGCAGUUCAAAGGGAAGCACAAGCGUGGGCACGGACCCCGGCAGCCUGCCGCCCAGCGCAAGGUGCGCUCGGAGCUGAAGAACAAGCAGCAGAUCCUGAAGCAGCGCAAGGCGGCAGCCAAGCAGCGCUUCCUGCAGCGCGGGGGCCUCAAGCGCCUCAAGGCCAGGAACCGGCAGCGGGUGCAGGAGCUGCGGCAGAUGGCCUUCGGGCGCCGCGUGGGUGCCACCAAGAAGGGCAAGCUCCGAAAGAGGAUGUAGGAGAGGGGAGCGGGGCAGGUGCUGAAACACUGGGUGGCCAAGGGGCUUCCCCCCGCCUGGAUUUGCUGCCCGGGAGAGAGACAUUAAAUAGCCGGCUGGUUUUGUA